ACUAAGUUUAUACACUGCCGCAAAGACGAGGUGGCCAUCGGAAUUCGGAGGGGCGCCCUUAUUAUUGAACACUCAACACAAAACCUCCAUUGAAUAGACAGUAGAAAACACAAGAGAAACGGAUUUUAUUGUUAAGUGCAAUAAAUCAUGGCUGAAAAUGAAGAAUGGAGAGUAAAUGGAGGCCAUUACCUUGGUGAAAUCUCAGCUCUUUGCUUUCUCCAUGUCCCUUCUCAUUUCUCUUCUCUUCCUUUUCUUCUUGCUGGAUCAGGAUCACAGAUAAUAGUUUUUGAUAUAAAUCUUGGUCGACAGAUAAAAUCAUUCAGUGUAUUUGAAGGAGUUCGUGUUCAUGGAAUUGCUUCUGGCUUGAUGAACUUUGAGAAAAAUUCUGUAUCUGCAUCUAUCACUUUUAAAAUCGUUAUUUCAGGGGAGAGGAGAGUUAAACUGUAUAGCUUGCACCUUCAAAUUCUGUCCGAGUCUCCCGAUGUACUAAAUGUUUCCAUAGAUCUGACCUUUUUACAGCUGUUGCCAAGAUUUUCUCACUGGGUUCUGGAUUUUUGUUUCUUAGAGGAUGGAUUUUCUUCUUCUAAAGAGAGAUGCCGCUAUCUUGCAAUUGGCUGCAAUGAUAACUCUGUUCACAUAUGGGAUAUCCUCACGUCCAGUUUGAUUUUUGCACUUACAUGCCCAGAGAGGUGCCUUUUGUACUCUAUGAAGUUUUGGGGCCAUGAUGUUAAUGCCUUUCUUAUUGCCUCCGGUACCAUCUUUAACGAGAUUGUCGUGUGGAGAUUGUUUAACCAGCAUCACACAGAACCUUUGAUAAGUGCUGGACAAGACACCAAUGCAAUUGGAAAUUUUGAGGGUAUUGCUGAGAUUAUUUCCAAGCUUGUUGGCCACCAGGGUUCUAUAUUUUGUUUGUCAUGGUCAAGCGAUGGAUCCAAACUGGUUUCUGUUUCUGAUGACCGCAGUGCUCGAAUGUGGAUCACCAAUGAAACGAACAUGAUUGAUGAUUUGACAAAUUCGCGUUGCGCUUACUCAGCGGGUCCUGUGCUGUUUGGUCAUGGUGCUCGGGUCUGGGAUUGCUGCAUAUCUAACUCAUUUAUCGUCACUGCUGGAGAGGACUGUACAUGCCGUGUAUGGGAUCUUGAUGGAAAAGAGCUAAGAGUUAUAAAGGAACAUAUUGGGAGGGGAAUAUGGCGAUGUCUCUAUGACCCACAUACUUCCCUAGUUGUUUCUGCUGGGUUUGAUUCUGCAAUCAAAGUCCACCGUCUGCACUCUCCGUUAUCUGCACUCUCGGGUGAAUUCUUCAAAGAGGUAGAGGGAAAAAAAGAAGAAAUCUUUAGAUUAUGCAUCCCAAACUCAUUAGGUCAUAGCAGGCUUAUGGACAGCAAAAGCGAAUAUGUACGGUGUUUGGAAUUUGCCCGCAAGGAUACGAUCUAUGUUUCCACAAACCAUGGUUAUGUUUACCAUGCCAAACUAUCUGAGAGUGGAUCUGUGGAAUGGACUGAACUUAUCAGAAUCACGGAGGAGGUUCCAGUUAUUUGCAUGGAUUUGUUGUCCAGAAAUCCAUGUGAGCUGUCCAUUGAAGCUGAGGACUGGAUUGCUGUUGGUGAUGGUAGAGGAACCAUGAAAGUGAUUAAAGUUGUGUGUGUUGAUGGUAUUCCGCAAGUACCUGUCAGAAUUUCUUGGUCUGCUGAAAUGCAGAGGCAGCUUUUAGGAGUUUAUUGGUGCAAGUCACUUGGAAGUGGGUUCAUUUUCACGUCUAACCCAAAGGGUUUGGUGAAGCUAUGGAAGUUGCACGAUUUCAUGAAAAAUUAUGACGUGGAUCUAGUAGCAGAAUUCAUGUCACCUUUUGGUUCUAGAAUAAUGUGUCUGGAUGCCUCAUUUGAAGAAGAGGUAUUGGUAUGUGGGGAUUUGCGUGGUAACCUUAUUUUGUUCCCAUUGGCAAAAAGUAUACUGCUUGAUAGUGCCAUACCAUCCAUUGAGAAGACACCUUGUUUAACAUAUUUCAAAGGAGCUCAUGGGAUAUCUACUGUCUCCUGCAUCUCAAUGGUCAGACUUAGCUUAAGUUUGGUCGAAAUCUGCUCGACUGGAGGUGAUGGGUGCAUAUGCUAUCUUGAAUAUAAUGGAGAACAACAAACUGUAGAAUUUGUGGGGAUGAGACAUCUAAAAGAAUUAAGCCUCAUUCAGUCUCUCUCUGCUAACCAUUGUUCUUUGGAUGAUUCGGAAAAUAUCAGUUACGCUGUUGGUUUUUCAUCUACAGACUUUUCCAUAUGGAAUUUGCACUCUGAAACUAAGGUACUGCAAGUCAAGUGUGGUGGAUGGCGUCGUCCUCAUUCUUACUAUCUUGGUCAGAAACCUGAAAUCUACAGUGGCUUUGCAUAUGUUAAGGACGAAAUUAUCUAUGUUCAUAGACACCAGGUGCCAGAUGGUGAAAAGAAGAUAUUUCCUCGUAACUUGCACUUACAAUUUCAUGGUAGAGAGAUUCACUCCUUAUGUUUUGUUCCUGAAGAUAUUCAAUAUGCAAUAGAUUUACCACAUUCUACAUUAAGCUGGGUCGCAACCGGGUGUGAAGAUGGUACCGUGAGAUUAACUAGGUAUAAUCAUGGCACUGAUGUUUGGGCCAUGUCCAAUUUACUUGGGGAACAUGUUGGAGGAUCAGCUGUGAGAUCUUUAUGUUUUGUGUCAAAGGUACACAAUGCAGAAGAUAUAGUGGUUGAAGCAACAAAUGGAACUUGUGAAACCAAUAAUUUCUUGGAGAACAGUGAUAAUCCAUGCUUACUAAUUUCUGUUGGGGCUAAACGGGUGCUAACCUCAUGGCUAUUGAGGAAAAGACAAAAUUCUAUGGGAAAUGUGUCUGUUGAUGGCCUAGAGAACAAGAAUGGAAGCCAUAAGUCUUCACCAGAACACACGUCUUCAAUCUCAUUCAAGUGGUUAUCAUCCGACAUGCCAGUAAAAUGUGUCCGCACUAAGAAAAAGAUUCAAAACAGUGAAAACUUAGUAGGAUCAUUAGAGGAAGUUUCUGGUUCUAACUCUGUUUCAUCGUUCAAGGAGAAGGAACUAAUGCCACUUUGUGAUGCACUUGACAAUGAUUGGAGAUAUCUGGCUGUUACUGCUUUUCUUGUUAAUGUUGCAAAAUCUAGGUUUACUGUCUGUUUUGUUGUUGUUGCUUGCUCUGAUGCUACUUUGACGCUGCGGGCGCUCGUUCUUCCAUAUCGUUAUUGGUUUGACGUUGCAUUGUUGACUCCCCUUUCAUCGCCUGUUCUAGCUUUACAGCAUGCCGUAGCUCCCCUUUGUCAGCAUUACCAAGGCAAAAGGAUAACCAAGAACACAUAUAUUGUAAUUAGUGGAUCAACAGAUGGAAGCGUUGCCUUUUGGGACGUUACCGAGAGCGUUGAAGCAUUUAUGCAGAGGGUAUCAUGUCUUCAUGUGGAAAAAUCUAUUGAUUUUCAAAAACGACCGCGCACUGGUAGAGGAAGCCAAGGCGGUCGCUGGUGGAAAUCUGUUGAUGCAGCUGUAACUGCUAAAGGAACAUCUACAGAUUUUACGAUGAUGAAUGAGAAUGGUGUUUCUAGUGACAAUGCUCUCGAUAAUCAGUCAUCGUCAGCAGUGAUCUUGAAGGACCCAAAAAUGUCUUCUUUCCCUAAAGAAAUAGCUUCGUCUAGAUCUCGGGAGAAUUUUGAUGAUUUUUCUUCCAGGGUUUCAGAAAUAAAACCAUUGCAUGUCUUACCUAAUGCUCACCAAUCUGGUGUUAAUUGUUUGCACUUGUGUAGUCAAUUACUUCAGAAUAGUUUGAGAUACAACAUCGUAAGUGGUGGGGAUGAUCAAGCACUUAGUUUUCUACAAUUUGUAGUGGUUCCAUCCCUAAAGAUAUCAAAUCUGGAUGGCAUUGGGAUAGAAGGUGACACAUCUUCAAAAUCAGGGAACUUGGAGUAUCAAGGUUGUUCCAUCAAAUUUUUGUAUCAGAAGAAAAUCAUGUCAGCUCAUAGUUCUGCUGUAAAAGGUAUAUGGACAGAUGGGAUCUGGAUAUUCUCUACCGGUCUUGACCAAAGAGUCAGAUGCUGGAAGCUUCUACAGCAUGGCAAUAUAACUGAGCAUGGUCAUUCUAUCACUACGGUGCCAGAGCCAGAAGCAUUAGAUGUCCGAGCUUGCGGAAGGAACUGUUAUCAGGUUGUUGUGGCUGGUAGAGGAAUGCAAAUGAUCGAGAUCUCUUUAUCUUCUGAGGACAAACAAUGAGUGAACACGAUGAACUGUCCCUUGAGGUUUAUUUUACAUUUGUUGGUGAGUGGAAGUUUAUACCUGUUUCAUAUCUGUUUGUAUUGAGUGCGUCUUUAAGUGUAGUUCUGCAGUGUGCCACUGUCAUAGAAACCGAGCAAUCGCAAAUUUUGAUGAGUAGUUAUGAUUUCUAGUUUUGACUUCAUGGGUAAUUUUUGCGGGUAAUUUUUAUGAUCAUUGUCUUUGUACGUGGCGGACGGCUAUAUAUAUUAAUUAUCAAUGUUCCACUAUAUCUUCAAUGCUCAGACGUGACACUUUUUUUGUUC